UCUGUUCACCCAUGACUGCAUGGCCAGGCACGACUCCAACACCAUCAUUAAGUUUGCCGACGACAACAGUGGUAGGCCUGAUCACCGACAACGAUGAGACAGCCUAUAGGGAGGAGGUCAGAGAUCUGCCCGUGUGGUGCCAGGACAACAACCUCUCCCUCAACGUGACCAAGACAAAGGAGAUGAUUGUGGACUACAGGGAAAAAAAGAGGACUGAGCACGCCCCCAUUCUCAUCGACGGGGCUGUAGUGGAACAGGUUGAGAGCUUCAAGUUCCUUGGUGUCCACAUCACCAACGAACUAUCAUGGUCCAAACACACCAAGACAGUCGUGAAGAGGGCACGACAAAGCCUAUUCCCCCUCAGGAGACUAAAAAGAUUUGGCAUGGGUCCUCAGAUCCUCAAAAAAAUUCUACAGCUGCACCAUCGAGAGCAUCCUGACUGGUUGCAUCACCGCCUGGUAUGGCAACUGCUUGGCCUCUGACCGCAAGGCACUACAGAGGGUAGUGCGUACGGCCCAGUACAUCACUGGGGCAAAGCUUCCUGCCAUCCAGGACCUCUAUACCAGGCGGUGUCAGAGGAAGGCCCUCAAAAUUGUCAAAGACUCCAGUCACCCUAGUCAUAGACUGUUCUCUCUGCUACCGCACGGCAAGCGGUACCGGAGUGCCAAGUCUAGGUCCAAAAGACUUCUCAACAGCUUCUACCCCCAAGCCAUAAGACUCCUGAACAGCUAAUCAUGGCUACCCGGACUAUUUGCACUGCCCCCCCACCCCAUCCUUUUUACGCUGCUGCUACUCUGUUAAGUAUUUAUGCAUAGUCACUUUAACUCUACCCACAUGUACAUAUUACCUCAACUACCUCAACUAGCCGGUGCCCCCGCACAUUGACUCUGCACCGGUACCCCCCUGUAUAUAUAGCCUCCCUACUGUCACUUUAUUUUACUUCUGCUCUUUUUUUCUCAACACUUUUUUUGUUGUUGUUUUAUUCUUACUUUUUUGUUUAAAAUAAAUGCACUGUUGGUUAAGGGCUGUAAGUAAGCAUUUCACUGUAAUGUCUGCACCUGUUGUAUUCGGCGCAUGUGACCAAUACAAUUUGAUUUGAUAACACAGAAACACUACAUAACACAGAAACACUACAUAACAGUGAGAGCACAGCGCCGGAGAAGAUGGCUGCCGUUUUACAGCCCUCUAACCAAUUGUACUAUUAUGUGUGUUUUUCCGCGUUAUUUGUAAUUUAUUUUGUACAUAAUGUUUCUGCCAUCGUCUCUUAUAACCAAAGAGAGCUUCUGGAUAUCAGGACAGCGAUUACUCACCUCGCAUUGGACGAAGAUUUUUUCUUCAACGAGGCGUUCGCGAAGGAUAUCCUACAGACACCCGACAAGGCCCAGAUCCCCGUCAUUCGCGUGAGGAAGAGACGGAGAUAUCGCGGACGCAGAUCCGGGUGCCUUGUAAGGAUCCGACGGCGAGCGAGUAAACUGCCUCUCCCAUCAAUCCUAUUAGCCAACGUUCAAUCUUUUGAGAAUAAAAUUGACGAUUUAAGAUUACGGUUAUCCUACCAACGGGACAUUAAAAACUGUAAUAUCUUAUGUUUCACGGAGUCGUGGCUGAACGACAACAAUGACAACAUUCAGCUAGCGGGCUAUACGCUACAUCGGCAGGACAGAACGUCUGACUCUGGUAAGACAAGGGGUGGCGGUCUCUGUAUAUUUGUAAACAACAGCUGGUGCACAAAAUCAAAUACUAAGGAAGUCUCGAGGUUUUGCUCGCCUGAGGUAGAGUAUCUUAUGAUAAGCUGUAGACCACACUAUUUACCAAGAGAGUUUUCAUCUAUAUUUUUCAUAGCUGUCUAUUUACCACCACAAACCAAUGCUGGCAUUAAGAUUGCACUGAAUGAGUUGUCCAAGGCCAUUAAUCAACAGGAAAACGCUCAUCCAGAUGCAGCGCUCCUAGUAGCCGGGGACUUUAAUGCAGGGAAACUUAAAUCCGUUCUACCUAAUUUCUACCAGCAUGUUAAAUGUGCAACCAGAGGGAAAAAAACUCUAGACCACCUUUACUCCACACACAGAGACGCAUACAAAGCUCUCCCUCGCCCUCCAUUUGGCAAAUCUGACCAUAACUCUAUCCUCCUGAUUCCUGCUUAUGAGCAAAAACUGAAGCAGGAAGCACCAGUGAUUCGGUUAAUAAAAAAGUGGUCAGAUGACGCAGAUGCUAAGCUACAGGACUGUUUUGCUAGCACAGACUGGAACAUGUUCCGGGAUUCUUCAGACAGCAUUGAGGAGUACACCACAUCAGUCACUGGCUUCAUCAAUAAGUGCAUCGAUGAUGUCGUCCCCACAGUGACCGUACGUACAUACUCCAACCAGAAGCCAUGGAUUACAGGAAACAUCCGCACUGAGCUAAAGGGUAGAGCUGCCGCUUUCAAGGAACGGGACUCUAACCCGGACGCUUAUAAGAAAUACCGCUAUGACCUCCGACGAACCAUCAAACAGGCAAAGAGUCAAUACAGGUCUAAGAUUGAAUCAUACUACACUGGCUCUGACGCUCGUCGGAUGUGGCAGGGCUUGAAAACUAUUACAGACUACAAAGGGAAGCACAGCCGCGAGCUGCCCAGUGACACAAGCCUACCAGACGAGCUAAACCACUUCUAUGCUCGCUUCGAGGCAAGCAACACUGAAGCAUGCAUGAGAGCACCAGCUGUUCCGGACGACUAUGUGAUCACGCUCUCCGUAGCCGAUGUGAGUAAGACUUUUAAGCAGGUCAACAUUCACAAGGCCGCAGGGCCAGACGGAUUACCAGGACGUGUACUCCGAGCAUGUGCUGACCAACUGGCAAGUGUCUUCACUGACAUUUUCAACAUGUCCCUGACUGAGUCUGUAAUACCAACAUGUUUCAAGCAGACCACCAUAGUCCCCGUGCCCAAGAACUCUAAGAUAACCUGCCUAAAUGACUACCGACCCGUAGCACUGACGUCUGUAGCCAUGAAGUGCUUUGAAAGACUGGUCAUGGCUCACAUCAACAGCAUAAUCCCAGAAACCCUAGACCCACUCCAAUUUGCAUACCGCCCCAACCGAUCCACAGAUGAUGCAAUCUCUAUCGCACUCCACACUGCCCUUUCCCACCUGGACAAGAGGAACACCUACGUGAGAAUGCUAUUCAUUGACUACAGCUCAGCAUUCAACACCAUAGUGCCCUCUAAGCUCAUCACUAAGCUAAGGAUCCUGGGACUAAACACCUCCCUCUGCAACUGGAUCCUGGACUUCCUGACGGGCCGCCCCCAGGUGGUAAGGGUAGGUAACAACACAUCUGCCACACUGAUCCUCAACACGGGGGCCCCUCAGGGGUGCGUGCUCAGUCCCCUCCUGUACUCUCUGUUCACCCAUGACUGCAUGGCCAGGCACGACUCCAACACCAUCAUUAAGUUUGCCGACGACACAACAGUGGUAGGCCUGAUCACCGACAACGAUGAGACAGCCUAUAGGGAGGAGGUCAGAGAUCUGGCCGUGUGGUGCCAGGACAACAACCUCUCCCUCAACGUGACCAAGACAAAGGAGAUGAUUGUGGACUACAGGAAACAAAAAAGAGGACUGAGCACGCCCCCAUUCUCAUCGACGGGGCUGUAGUGGAACAGGUUGAGAGCUUCAAGUUCCUUGGUGUCCACAUCACCAACGAACUAUCAUGGUCCAAACACACCAAGACAGUCGUGAAGAGGGCACGACAAAGCCUAUUCCCCCUCAGGAGACUAAAAAGAUUUGGCAUGGGUCCUCAGAUCCUCAAAAAAUUCUACAGCUGCACCAUCGAAAGCAUCCUGACUGGUUGCAUCACCGCCUGGUAUGGCAACUGCUUGGCCUCUGACCGCAAGGCACUACAGAGGGUAGUGCGUACGGCCCAGUACAUCACUGGGGCAAAGCUUCCUGCCAUCCAGGACCUCUAUACCAGGCGGUGUCAGAGGAAGGCCCUCAAAAUUGUCAAAGACUCCAGCCACCCUAGUCAUAGACUGUUCUCUCUGCUACCGCACGGCAAGCGGUACCGGAGUGCCAAGUCUAGGUCCAAAAGACUUCUCAACAGCUUCUACCCCCAAGCCAUAAGACUCCUGAACAGCUAAUCAUGGCUACCCGGACUAUUUGCACUGCCCCCCCACCCCAUCCUUUUUACGCUGCUGCUACUCUGUUAAGUAUUUAUGCAUAGUCACUUUAACUCUACCCACAUGUACAUAUUACCUCAACUACCUCAACUAGCCGGUGCCCCCGCACAUUGACUCUGCAACGGUACCCCCCUGUAUAUAUAGCCUCCCUACUGUCACUUUAUUUUACUGUAUAUAUAGCCUCCCUACUGUCACUUUAUUUUACUUCUGCUCUUUUUUUCUCAACACUUUUUUUGUUGUUGUUUUAUUCUUACUUUUUUUGUUUAAAAUAAGUGCACUGUUGGUUAAGGGCUGUAAGUAAGCAUUUCACUGUAAUGUCUGCACCUGUUGUAUUCGGCGCAUGUGACCAAUAAAAUUUGAUUUGAUUUGAUUUAACACAGAAACACUACAUAACACAGAAACACUACAUAACACAGAAACACUACAUAACACACAGAAACACUACAUAACACACAGAAACACUACAUAACACAGAAACACUACAUAACACAGAAACACUACAUAACACAGAAACACUACAUAACACAGAAACACUACAUAACACACAGAAACACUACAUAACACACAGAAACACUACAUAACACAGAAACACUACAUAACACAGAAACACUACAUAACACAGAAACACUACAUAACACACAGAAACACUACAUAACACACAGAAACACUACAUAACACAGAAACACUACAUAACACAGAAACACUACAUAACACAGAAACACUACAUAACACAGAAACACUUCAUAACACAGAAACACUACAUAACACAGAAACACUACACAACACAGAAACACUACACAACACAGAAACACUACAUAACACAGAAACACUACAUAACACAGAAACACUACAUAACACAGAAACACUACAUAACACAGAAACACUACAUAACACACAGAAACACUACAUAACACACAGAAACACUUCAUAACACAGAAACACUACAUAACACAGAAACACUACAUAACACAGAAACACUACAUAACACAGAAACACUACAUAACACAGAAACACUUCAUAACACAGAAACACUACAUAACACAGAAACACUACACAACACAGAAACACUACAUAACACAGAAACACUACAUAACACAGAAACACUACAUAACACAGAAACACUACAUAACACAGAAACACUACAUAACACAGAAACACUACAUAACACAGAAACACUUCAUAACACAGAAACACUACAUAACACAGAAACACUACAUAACACAGAAACACUACAUAACACAGAAACACUUCAUAACACAGAAACACUUCAUAACACAGAAUAUGGGGUAUGUAAGGGGUGUGUAAGGGGUGUGUAAGGCCUGUUUAAGGCCUGUGUAAGGGGUGUGUAAGGGGUGUGUAAGGCCUGUUUAAGGCCUGUUUAAGGGGUGUGUAAGGGGUGUGUAAGGGGUGUGUAAGGCCUGUUUAAGGCCUGUUUAAGGGGUGUGUAAGGGGUGUGUAAGGGGUGUGUAAGGCCUGUGUAAGGCCUGUUUAAGGGGUGUGUAAGGGGUGUGUAAGGCCUGUGUAAGGGGUGUGUAAGGCCUGUGUAAGGGGUGUGUAAGGCCUGUGUAAGGGGUAUGUAAGGGGUGUGUAAGGCCUGUGUAAGCGGUGUGUAAGGGGUGUGUAAGGCCUGUGUAAGGCCUGUUUAAGGGGUGUGUAAGGGGUGUGUAAGGGGUGUGUAAGGCCUGUUUAAGGGGUGUGUAAGGGGUGUGUAAGGCCUGUGUAAGGCCUGUUUAAGGGAUGUGUAAGGGGUGUGUAAGGCCUGUGUAAGGGGUGUGUAAGGCCUGUGUAAGGGGUGUGUAAGGCCUGUGUAAGGGGUAUGUAAGGGGUGUGUAAGGCCUGUGUAAGGGGUGUGUAAGGCCUGUGUAAGGGGUAUGUAAGGCCUGUGUAAGGCCUGUGUAAGGCCUGUAUAAGGGGUGUGUAAGGUGUGCGUAAGGCCUGUGUAAGGCCUGUGUAAGGGGUGUGUAAGGCCUGUGUAAGGGGUGUGUAAGGGGUGUGUAAGGCCUGUAUAAGGGGUGUGUAAGGUGUGCGUAAGGCCUGUGUAAGGGGUGUGUAAGGCCUGUGUAAGGGGUGUGUAAGGGGUGCGUAAGGGGUAUGUAAGGCCUGUGUAAGGGGUGUGUAAGGCCUGUGUAAGGGGUGUGUAAGGCCUGUGUAAGGGGUAUGUAAGGCCUGUGUAAGGCCUGUGUAAGGGGUGUGUAAGGCCUGUGUAAGGGGUGUGUAAGGCCUGUGUAAGGCCUGUGUAAGGGGUGUGUAAGGGGUAUGUAAGGCCUGUGUAAGGGGUGUGUAAGGCCUGUGUAAGGGGUGUGUAAGGCCUGUGUAAGGGGUGCGUAAGGGGUAUGUAAGGCCUGUGUAAGGGGUGUGUAAGGCCUGUGUAAGGCCUGUGUAAGGCCUGUGUAAGGGGUGCGUAAGGGGUAUGUAAGGCCUGUGUAAGGGGUGUGUAAGGCCUGUGUAAGGGGUGUGUAAGGCCUGUGUAAGGGGUAUGUAAGGCCUGUGUAAGGCCUGUGUAAGGGGUGUGUAAGGGGUGUGUAAGGGGUGCGUAAGGCCUGUGUAAGGGCACUGUGUAGCCCAUCUCACCUUGGAGUGGAAUCUGGCAGACUCUGCCUUCUCUAACAGGUUGGAUUCUGAGAGCCCCACCUGCUCCAGAACAUUCAUCUUCUCCUGGAUCAUGGGCCUACAUACAUACAAAAGGGUUUCUUCAGAAAUAUAUCACCUAAUAGAUAGAGUAUAGAGGUUAGCUCCAGGCAGUUCAGAUCGAUUCAACAGUAGGAGGAGCAGACUUACCACAGGUAGUCAUCUGCGGUUCCCUUGGCGACCAGGUAAUGAAUGUCCACGUUGCUGGUCUGACCGAUACGAUGCACUCUGUCCUCAGCCUGGAUCAUUAUCUGAUAGAUUCCAGAGGACAUCAUUAUGAGUAUGGUAAACAGUAUAGGAGGAUAUAUGAACAGUACAGAGCAGCUGUAGGUUUCACUAGCAUUCAGAACUUUUCAGUCAACCAAGUCCCUGUCACUCUGUUUGGUAACGUUCAAGUGAAUAGCAAAUGUAAUCACUGGGGGAUAGGGGUUAAGGGGUUAGGGGUUAAGGGUUAAUCACUCUGGGGGAUAGGGGUUAAGGGGUUAGGGGUUAAGGGUUAAUCACUCUGGGGGAUAGGGGUUAAGGGGUUAGGGGUUAAGGGUUAAUCACUGGGGGAUAGGGGUUAAGGGGUUAGGGGUUAAGGGUUAAUCACUCUGGGGGAUAGGGGUUAAGGGGUUAGGGGUUAAGGGUUAAUCACUCUGGGGGAUAGGGGUUAAGGGGUUAGGGGUUAAGGGUUAAUCACUCUGGGGGAUAGGGGUUAAGGGGUUAGGGGUUAAGGGUUAAUCCCUGGGGGAUAGGGGUUAAGGGGUUAGGGGUUAAGGGUUAAUCACUCUGGGGGAUAGGGGUUAAGGGGUUAGGGGUUAAGGGUUAAUCACUCUGGGGGAUAGGGGUUAAGGGGUUAGGGGUUAAGGGUUAAUCACUCUGGGGGAUAGGGGUUAAGGGGUUAGGGGUUAAGGGUUAAUCACUGGGGGAUAGGGGUUAAGGGGUUAGGGGUUAAGGGUUAAUCACUCUGGGGGAUAGGGGUUAAGGGGUUAGGGGUUAAGGGUUAAUCACUCUGGGGGAUAGGGGUUAAGGGGUUAGGGGUUAAGGGUUAAUCACUCUGGGGGAUAGGGGUUAAGGGGUUAGGGGUUAAGGGUUAAUCACUCUGGAGGAUAGGGGUUAAGGGGUUAGGGGUUAAGGGUUAAUCACUGGGGGAUAGGGGUUAAGGGGUUAGGGGUUAAGGGUUAAUCACUGGGGGAUAGGGGUUAAGGGGUUAGGGGUUAAGGGUUAAUCACUCUGGGGGAUAGGGGUUAAGGGGUUAGGGGUUAAGGGUUAAUCACUCUGGGGGAUAGGGGUUAAGGGGUUAGGGGUUAAGGGUUAAUCACUCUGGGGGUUAGGGGUUAAGGGGUUAAGGGUUAAGGGUUAGGGGUUAGUCAGGUCCUUACCCCAGGGUUAGGGGUUAAGGGUUAGGGGUUAAGGGAUAGGGGUUAAGGGUUAAUCACUGGGGGAUAGGGGUUAAGGGGUUAAGGGGUUAAGGGUUAGGGGUUAGGGGUUAAGGGGUUAAGGGGUUAGGGGUUAAGGGGUUAGGGGUUAGGGGUUAAGGGGAUAGGGGUUAAGGGGUUAGGGGAUAAGGGGAUAGGGGUUAGGGGUUAAGGGUUAAGGGUUAGGGUUAAUCACUGGGGGAUUUCAGGGAAGGUGAAGUCCCUUCAUGAGGCUACAUUAGUUGGGACCCACCCCCAUGAACCACUACCAGCCCAUACUCUCAGUAUUAGAACAUUCCUUCCUUAAACAGGCAGGUUAGGGUUCCAGAACAGCUCAAAGAAUACCACCAGACCAGCAGAGUGCAAGGUGAGGGGUUAGGGCAGAGGUGUCAAAACAAACUCAAUAUACUUUAAAAUGACUAAAACCAAAUUCAAACUGUGUAGAAAUGAUAAUGGAUCUACAUUCAUACCGUUUUUGACUGUAUCCAGCUGGCUAAUAACCACCAAAUUGAAAGCUAGACAGUCAGGGAGCAUCGAAUAAAACGACAAAAACUACAACUCAUUGAAGACCGAAUGCGACCCCCGGGGCAAAAUGAGUUUUACACCCCUGGGUAAGGCGUUAAGAGGUCAGGGUUAGAACCUUACUCCAGGGUUCCAGAAGACUUCAGGGAACACCACCAGAGCGGCGUGUUAGGGGUUAAGGGUUAGGGGUUAAGGGUUAGGGGUUAAGGGUUAGGGGUUAAGGGUUAGGGGUUAAGGGUUAAGGGUUAGGGGUUAAGGGUUAGGGGUUAAGGGUUAGUCAGGUCCUUACCCCAGGGUUAGGGGUUAAGGGUUAGGGGUUAAGGGUUAGGGGUUAGGGGUUAGGGGUUAAGGGUUAGGGGUUAAGGGUUAGGGGUUAGUCAGGUCUUUACCCCAGGUUUAGGGGUUAAGGGUUAGUCAGGUCCUUACCCCAGGGUUAGGGGUUAAGGGUUAGGGGUUAAGGGUUAGUCAGGUCCUUACCCCAGGGUUAGGGGUUAAGGGUUAGUCAGGUCCUUACCCCAGGGUUAGGGGUUAAGGGUUAGUCAGGACUUUACCCCAGGGUUAGGGGUUAAGGGUUAGUCAGGUCCUUACCCCAGGGUUAGGGGUUAAGGGUUAGUCAGGUCCUUACCCCAGGGUUAGGGGUUAAGGGUUAGUCAGGUCCUUACCCCAGGGUUAGGGGUUAAGGGUUAGUCAGGUCCUUACCCCAGGGUUAGGGGUUAAGGGUUAGUCAGGUCCUUACCCCAGGGUUAGGGGUUAAGGGUUAGUCAGGUCCUUACCCCAGGGUUAGGGGUUAAGGGUUAGUCAGGUCCUUACCCCAGGGUUAGGGGUUAAGGGUUAGUCAGGUCCUUACCCCAGGGUUAGGGGUUAAGGGUUAGGGGUUAGUCAGGUCCUUACCCCAGGGUUAGGGGUUAAGGGUUAGGGGUUAAGGGUUAGUCAGGUCCUUACCCCAGGGUUAGGGGUUAAGGGUUAGUCAGGUCCUUACCCCAGGGUUAGGGGUUAAGGGUUAGUCAGGUCCUUACCCCAGGGUUAGGGAUUAAGGGUUAGUCAGGUCUUUACCCCAGGGUUAGGAGUUAAGGGUUAGUCAGGUCCUUACAUUAUUAUUUUAUUUUUUUCAUACCCCCCGUGGGAAUCGAACCCACAACCCUGGCGUUGCAAACGCCAUGCUCUACCAACUGAGCUACAUCCCUGCCGGCCAUUCCCUCCCCUACCCUGGACGACGCUGGGCCAAUUGUGCGCCGCCCCAUGGGUCUCCCGGUCGCGGCCAGCUACGACAGAGCCUGGAUUCGAACCAGGAUCUCUAGUGACACAGCUAGCACUUCAAUGCAGUGCCUUAGACCACUGCGCCACUCUUUAGUUCUUGUUUAAGCUAUUCAGCACUGUCAACACUUGGUUCAACACUUUUAUAAGCCAUAAAAUGCACUGCAGCUGCAAUGAACGACUAUAGCAAAGUGUUCCUAUAAGCUUGCGUUGUUAUUAUUAGUGGCUUGUCUUUUUAAUAUAAAGGAAUAUUUCACUUUCUCUGGUCAUAGGGGUAACAUGAAAUUGGUGCAUAAGGCAGAAAUACACUACAUGACCAAAAGUAUGUCUCUCUCAGGUGGACACCUGCUCGUCGAAAGUCUCAUUCCAAAAUCAUGGGCAUUAAUAUGGAGUUGGUCCCCCCUUUGCUGCUAUAAACAGCCUCCACGAUGAUGUCGACAACCAAUUCUGAAUGGACCUCACUUUGCGCACGGGGGCAUUGUCAUGCUGAAACACAAUUCAAGGGUUUUUCUUAAUUUUUUACUAUUUUCUACAUUGUAGAAUAAUAAUGAAGACAUCUAAACUAUGAAAUAACACAUAUGGAAUCAUGUAGUAACCAAUUUUUUAAAAAACAAAACAAAAUAUAUUUUAUAUUCUUCAAAUAGCCACCCUUUGCCUUGAUGACAGCUUUGCACACUCUUGGCAUAUUUCCGUCUUAAUGCGUUUGAGCCAAUCAGCUGUGUUGUGACAAGGUAGGGGGGGUAUACAGAAGAUAGCCCUAUUUGGUAAAAGACCAAGUCCAUAUUAUGGCAAGAAAAGGUCAAAUAAGCAAAGAGAAAUGACAGUCCAUCAUUACUUUAAGACAUGAAGGUCAGUCAAUACUGAAAAUGUCAAGAACUUUGAAAGUUUCUUCAAUUGCAGUCGCAAAAACCAUCAAGCGCUAUGAUGAAACUGGCUCUCAUGAGGACCGCCACAGGAAUGGAAGACCCAGAGUUACCUCUGCUGCAGAGGAUAAGUUCAUUAGAGUUACCAGCCUCAGAAAUUGCAGGCCAAAUAAAUGCUUCACAGAGUUCAAGUAACAGACAUAUCUCAACAUCAACUGUUCAGAGGGGACUGUGUGAAUCAGGCCUUCAUUGUCGAAUUGCUGCAAAGAAACCACUACUAAAGGACACCAAUAAGAAGAAGAGACCUGCUUGUCUUUGUGAGACGCGGUGUGGGUGAACGGAUGAUCUCCGCAUGUGUAGUUCCCACUGUAAAGCAUGGAGGAGGCGGUGUUAUGGUGUGGGGGUGCUUUGCUGGUGACACUGUCUGUGAUUGAUUUAGAAUUCAAGGCACACUUAACCAGCAUGGCUACCACAGCAUUCUGCAACGAUACACCAUCCCAUCUGGUUUGGGCUUAGUGAGACUAUAAUUUGUUUUUCAACAGGACAAUGACCCAACACACCACCAGGCUGUGUAAGGGCUCUUUUACCAAGAAGGAGAGUGAUGGAGUGCUGCAUCAGAUGACCUGGCCUCCAUAAUCCCCCGACCUCAACCCAAUUGAGAUGGUUUGGGAUGAGUAGGACGGCAGAGUGAAGGAAAAGCAGCUAACAAGUGCUCAGCAUAUGUGGGAACUCCUUCAAGACUGUUGGAAAAGCAUUCCAGGUGACGCUGGUUGAGAGAAUGCCAAGAGUGUGCAAAGCUGUCAUCAAGGCAAAGGGUGGCUAUUUGAAGAAUCUGAAAUAUACAACUUUUGGUUACUACAUGAUUCCAUAUGUGGUAUUUCAUAGUUUUGAUGUCUUCAAUAUUAUUCUACAAUGUAGAAAAUAGUAAAAAUAUAGAAAAAUCCUUGAAUGAGUAGGUGUGUCCAAACCUUUGACUGGUACUGUAUACAUACAAAUACACAUACAUAUAUAUCCUUUUUUAAAACAUAUUUUCCUUUAUUACUUUCCAACCCCACCACCCCUUCCCUAAUUGGAGUAAACUAGUGAACAACAAUGAUUAGGCCUCUACUUCCAGCUUAUACAUACUAUAUACAUUUGAUGGACACAGUCAAUUUUACAAUAAUUCUAUUUUGUUUGUUUUUUUCUCCUGAACUUCCUCUACCCUCAACCUCUCUGAUCAUUUUCAUGAUGUCCAUCCGGUUUGCUUCUAUAUGCCAUAUCUUUCUAACUGUGCUCUUUCACAAAAGUUCUUAACCUAUAACCUAUAUACUUAUUAUGGACACAGUAUGUUUUACAUUAGUUAUCUUGUUGUUAUUAGUCCCAUCCUUCAGCUCCAUUCAACACCUCCCAUCUAUCUCUUAACACCAUCCAUAUAGGAUUUCUAUUUGCCAUAUAUAUUUCAACCGUACUGUGAUGUUUUACAAAAGUUCUGAACCUUUCGAUUCUCAUUGUUUCUACAGAUUGUACAUUGAAAAUAAACAUUUUUGCUAAAAGUAUUAUUAUAUUAUUGAUCGAUUGACUAUGACUUUUCAGAUCACCCAGUAGUGCUAUCUGCAGGGUUAGCUCCAGGUAAAUAUUGCAAUCAUUGCAAUGCUUUUGGGGGACGUAGAGCAAAACAGAGAGAGUCUGAUCUUUCCAUAAAGGGGUCAUAAUAGUUUGUGGGCCAAACCGUUCAGACGCUACGGACGUUUUCGUGAGAAGAACGAUUUUCGGGAUGUCUCAUGGUCUGACAAACACCACUCUAGCUCGGUCACCUUUCACCAAAGAUGCAGAAGUCUUACAUAGCGGAUGCAGUUGAUUGAGAUGCAGCCCAUGCCAAAAAAAAACGGAUAUCUCUAUCUUAAACUGACAGAUUUUGAUGGAGAUUUUUGUAUUAUGCUAACGGGGCCGCGGACAUCGACUCUAGGGGGUUAAGGGUUAGUCAGGACCUUACCCCAGGGUUAGGGGUUAAGGGUUAGGGGUUAAGGGUUAGUCAGGACCUUACCCCAGGGUUAGGGGUUAAGGGUUAGUCAGAACCUUACCCCAGGGUUAGGGGUUAAGGGUUAGUCAGGUCCUUACCCCAGGGUUAGGGGUUAAGGGUUAGUCAGGUCCUUACCCCAGGGUUAGGGGUUAAGGGUUAGUCAGGUCCUUACCCCAGGGUUAGGGGUUAAGGGUUAGUCAGGUCCUUACCCCAGGGUUAGGGGUUAAGGGUUAGUCAGGUCCUUACCCCAGGGUUAGGGGUUAAGGGUUAGUCAGGUCCUUACCCCAGGGUUAGGGGUUAAGGGUAGUCAGGUCCUUACCCCAGGGUUGGGGGUUAAGGGUUAGUCAGGUCCUUACCCCAGGGUUAGGGGUUAAGGGUUAGGGGUUAAGGGUUAGUCAGGUCCUUACCCCAGGGUUAGGGGUUAAGGGUUAGGGGUUAAGGGUUAGUCAGGUCCUUACCCCAGGGUUAGGGGUUAAGGGUUAGUCAGGUCCUUACCCCAGGGUUAGGGGUUAAGGGUUAGUCAGGUCCUUACCCCAGGGUUAGGGGUUAAGGGUUAGUCAGGUCCUUACCCCAGGGUUAGGGGUUAAGGGUUAGUCAGGUACCUCCUUAACCCCAAGGGUUAGGGGUAUUAAGUAAGGGUAGGUUACAUUGUGGUUAUUAGGCCUGGUGUUGGUUGGUUGGGUGUGGUCCGGAGUAGGGUGUUGUCGGUUUCCCAGGGUUGGUAGGGUUGUGUGUUCCGGUUGUGCGUGUUGUGGUCCUUACCAGGUGUGGUGUCCGGUAGUGCGGUUGGGUCCGUAGUGCCGGGUCGGUAGUGCCGGUGGUGCCUGGUUGUGCUGUGGGUCUGUUACCGUUGUGUUUGAAUGAGUGUUAAUCCAUUGACAACACCUGGGCAUCACUUCAGGAAACGGCAUUAGCUGUAACAACACUGCCCCUCGUGGCAUAAACUACUUUUUUAUGCUUUCUAUUUUGACUUAAUUGUUUGCUUUAUCUUGACCGUCAUUCUAUCCCGCAGCACUCCACUCCACUUGUUCAUUCACAUCCAAGCCUCGUCUUGUCCGUCAUGCCUCCUGGAUCUCUCCAUCAAAGCCUACUGCUGCCAGCCCAUCCCCUUGCUGUCAUCAACUCAGUUCCCUAGGUGUCCCCGUAUGUGCUGUGUUCAGUCAUGUGCCUGUGUGUCCUGUCAUCCUGUGCUUCUAUAACCCUCAGGCCUCGUCAGCAUCCACUAUGCUCAUCCAACCCUCAGGCUUCCCUUCAGGCCCACCCACUAUCUCUCAUCCAACCUCAGCUCCCUCGGAUGCACUACUCCAAACCUAGCUUUCCCUCGAUCCUUAUCUCUACUCCAAUGUUCCUGAGCCAUCCACCUAUUCUCAUCCCCGCCUCAGUCCUCGCCAUCCCACCUAGUCUCUCCAUCCCAACCCUCAGCUUCCUCAGCCCAUCCCACCUAUCUCUCCAUCCACCCUCAGCCCCUAGCCAUCCCACCUCGCCCAUCCCACCCUCAGCUCCCUCAGCCCAUCCCACCUAUCUCUCCAUCCCAACCCUCAGCUCCCUCAGCCCAUCCCACCCUUCUCAGUCCUCCCUCAGCCCAUCCCACCUAUCUCUCCAUCCCUACCCUCAGCCCAUCCCAACCCUAGCCUCCAUCAGCCCAUCCCACCCUAGCCUCCCUUCACCCAUCCCAACCCUCAGCUCCCUCAGCCCAUCCCACCUAUCUCUCCAUCCCAACCCUCACCCUCCCUCAGCCCAUCCACCUACCUCAUCCAACCCUCAGCUCCAUCCCACCUAUCUCUCCAUCCCAACCCUCAGCCUCCCUCAUCCCAUCCCAACCCUCAGCCUCCCUCAGCCCAUCCCACCCCUCAGCUUCCCUCAGCCCAUCCCACCUAUCUCCCCAUCCCAACCCUCAGCUUCCCUCAGCCCAUCCCACCUAUCUCUCCAUCCCAACCCUCAGCUUCCCUCAGCCCAUCCCACCUAUCUCUCCAUCCCAACCCUCAGCCUCCCUCAGCCCAUCCCACCUAUCUCCCCCCACCCAACGCCUCAGCCAUUCCCCCUCAGCUCCAUCAGCCAUCCCUAUCUCUCCAUCCCAACCCUCAGCUCUCGCCCAUCCACAGCUCCUAGCCCAUCCCACCUAUCUCUCCAUCCCAACCCUCAGCUCCCUCAGCCCAUCCCACCUCAGCUCUCCCUCCCAUCCCACCCUCAGCUUCCCUCAGCCCAUCCCACCUAUCUCUCCAUCCCAACCCUCAGCUUCCCUCAGCCCAUCCCACCUAUCUCCCAUCCCAACCCUCACUCCUAGCCCAUCCCACCUAUCUCUCCAUCCCAACCCUCAGCCUCCCUCAGCCCAUCCCACCUAUCUCUCCAUCCCACCCCUCAGCUCCCUCAGCCCAUCCCAACCCUCACAGCCAUCCCUCAUCCCAGCUCCCACAUCUCCCAUCCCAACCUCAGCCUCCCUCAGCCCAUCCCACCUAUCUCUCCAUCCCAACCCUCAGCCUCCCUCAGCCCAUCCACACUCCCUCCCAACCUCAGCCCUCAGCCCAUCCCACCAUCUCCAUCCAACCCUCAGCCCAUCCCACCACUCCCAUCCCAACCUCAGCUCCUCAGCCAUCCCCUCAUCCUCAUCCCACCCUAG